UUUGCAUUCAGUCUGAGCCGUGCAUGGACACCAAGUGCGGACACGUCAGCAACAUUCACUUACUAUGUGUCGAAGAAGCAGUCAUCCGAUGGCGAUCAUCUGAGGACUCUCCUGAGAGCUGUAGAGAUGUGCAGCGAUGACUUCUGCCUGGUGUUAUUAUGCAAACUCAUCCAAGAACUUAUCAACACCGGCUCCAUAAAAGCCAGACAAAGAAGACAUCGUAAGCUGAUCAAGGCUGACGCAACAUCGUCCCUUAUACGAACUCUCAGGUAUAGGCUCAAGGAGGUGUUACCCAAAAAGAGUAGCGAGAUGAGAGAAAGUCAUGCUGAAUUUAAUGCCCUAGCAGAGCACACUGAUGACACCGUCGCAGAUCUGGUCCUUGCUAUCGGUACAAAAGAUUGUCGGCUAUCGCUAAAAAUCCGGGUUGGAGGAGUGCUGCAGCUGUUGUGUUCUAUUGUCGCAAGUAAUUGUGAGAAUCCGCUCAGUCCCACUAUGGCGAGGUUGUUAUGUCGCUCUGUUCGAUCUCCGAGAAAUGCACAGCUAGCUGGUCGUCAUAAAGGAUUUGCUGCCCGUCUGUUGAUACGGAUAUCUUCAUUGAAGUGCAAGGAACUACAUCAGUGUCAUCUGCUGGCUCGAUAUCUCGAAGUUCUCUACUUCGUCAGUAAAAACAGAAAAGCUCGUAUUCUGCUGGUUGGUGAAAACAUCGUAAGCUGUAUUGUGCAACUCCUUGAACGGCACUCAUCGUGGAGGACUUCUUCCGAACUGGCCCUCGACGCUGUCGACAUUCAUAUUGAAAUCUGCCUGAUUACUCUUGCUAUUCUCAGGUUGCUUUGCAAUAACAAGCAGUUGGUGUCUCGUAAUGUGUUAUUCCUCUGCGAGCGUAUCAUGAAUGAGCUAGAAAAACAAGGUUUUCACGACUCCGAUGCCAUUACGCACCUA